AUGGCGCAGUCACCAAGAGACUUCACGGCAUCCGCGCCUGGUGACAAAUUUCAGUAUGCUGACGAAAAGACAGAUGCGCACAGUGACACCGGCAGAGACGAAUCUUUUAGCAGUCACGAAAUGGCGGCGUUGGCACCAACGGAAUCCCGCCGGCGGGAGCCUGGUGUGGACGCCGGCGAACGCAAACGGGAGGCCGUAGACACAGAGCGUGAGGAUCUGCAAGGUUACGCUCUGGCCCGUUCAGAGUUUAUGUCCGCUGUCCCUUUGGUCAAUCCAGAGACGCCUCAGCACUAUAAAGGGACCAACAAGGUCCGAGGGCGACUAUCUUCAGGGACUGGAGGAGACCCGCGGGCGAAGCGACUUCCAAAAGCACUGGCAACAGGCCGGGCAGGCGUCAGGCUCCUGUCCGCCGUCGCAGUGACCGCAGUGUCCGUCGUCUUGGCUCGGUACGCUUUCCUCUGCGUACUCCGCGUCCCAUCUUCGCUUCUGUCCGCAGACCAAAACGCGUCUGUUUCGGUUCGCCGCCUCGCGGCCGGCAGCGGGUGGGGGCAGCCGCCCGCCUCGCCGCCCACCUGCGACAAUGCGGCGCAAGGUGGCUCGGGGCCCCCGCCGCCCCCCCGGGAGUGGCCGGCCGGUCACAAUCCCCCGCACCCAGUGCCUAGGGAUGUGCCUGCAGCGCAGCAGGAGGCGAGUGAAUUUGAGUCAGGGGAGCUCGGAACUGUGGAGGGAGACGCAGUGGAGCUGGAAGAGAUUGCUAAUACUCUGAGCGCUGUUGUCGGCAGGCUCUCAGUAAGUCGCGGCCACAUGAGGCACGGCCUGAAUGCACUUUUCACCACCUUGAGCAGUGUGAUUCCCUUGGUCGAUAAUCUGAGGAAUGCUGCAGCAGAGGUCCGGCGGCAGAAAGACUCUUCGUCAGGCGCGGCUAGUUCGCUGGAAGAAAAACUGUCUGCGGAUGCAGGCCUCCCGCCAGGCGCAGCGUCCGCUAGCGCGGAUGCUGCGGAGGAGCAAGGGGUCGGUUCGCAGUCAAAGAGCCCUGCAGGAACUCAUUUCCCGCAGACACAUCCGGAAGGUUCACGACACGCGGCAGACUCUGCCGGCAUCUCCCCUGUCCCUCGUGAGUCCUCAAAGCCGGAUGUUCAGCAAGGGAGCCUGACAGGCAAGCACGGUGGCGCUGCAGGUCAAGAAGACGCCCUUCUCUCUACAGGGGUCGCUUCCGUCGAAUUCCUGUUUGGCAGUGACGCGGAACCUGCCAAGGCCCACGAGGCGCCUACCAGGCUCCCGAGGCUUCCUCCGGGCACCCUCGAGACUGGAGCCCAGUCGCAACUUUCGACCGACCCCCCGGGUGCCGCCGGUCCUCUGAGCAGUGAUGAACUAGGCCUGAGGUUCCUGGACCCUACUUCACCCCCUGGACCUGAACACAUGCCACUGAGCCCGGCCUACGAAGGAAGCGGUCUGUCUUCGCACAGUCUCUGGGGGUCGCGCACCCUGCUCGAGCUGAUUUGGGGCCGUCCACACUCCGCCCCGUCGGACUCUCCCAAAAGAACCGAGGCCGAGACUGGAUCGCUUGUGUCAUGGGCGCAUCGUGUCCGCCACGGGGCUCCGAAGAAGCCUCCUGCUCCCUCAGCCGCCCCAUCAGCGCCUCCGGCACAGCCCCCGCGACAAAGUGGCGCCUCUUCACAGCCCGAGCCCCAGAAGUCCAGGGAUUUGGGGGCGAGACCGAAGACGCACAUGCAGCAGUCCCCAUCGACGCAGGGGAGCGGCAGAGCAGGCGCGUCGCGCGGCGGCUCGAGAGGAUCUUCGGGCAAACACGCAGCGGGCGGAAAGGACCACGCUGCGGGCUCCGCAGCAGGCGGGUCAUCGUCAUCGGGUUCGGGGUCUGGCGGAUCGCGGCAGACGCAGGCAGCGGGGGCCGGGGGAAGUGGCUCACCUCCGCCACCGGGAGGGCGGAAGGGCGACGGCGGUUGGUCGCAGCGCGGCGGCGCUGAGGGCGGAGCGAAGGACGAUGACGAGGGUGAUCAGAAGGGUCAGAAAAGGGACAAGAAGAGCAAGAAAGCGAAGAGCGGCAGAGAUGAGCCCGGGCUGGGAGCGGGCCGUAGAGGACCACCCGGAGGAGACGACGACCCGGCGGCAGGCGGGGCGGCCGGAAGCGUUGGAGGCAGCGCCGGCGGCAGCGCGGAGCCGACGGUGUCGCAGGAGGGUGCUGCGGGAGGAGGCGAGGACGGCAGCAGGGCGGGCCGUGGUGUUGGUGGCAGAGAGGCGUCGGGAGCGAAAGAGACCGCAGCCGUUGGCGAGGAGGCGCAGACAGGAGACGCGGGGGAGGGCGAUGCUCCAGCCGCCCCGCUGACGGCGAAGCAGAGGAGAGCCUUAGCGAGGCAGAGUCUGCAGGCGGGCACAAAGGCCGCUGGAGACUCGGCGGCAUCCGACAGACCUCAGGAGACCUCGGCAAGCGGCCAGAUCUCAAGUGAGGCGAGUGGCGGCCUGGAACCGGUUCUGCAGGAGAUUGAGGCAUUAGAGGCUAAGGUUGUAAAGCAUUUGGAAACCCUUGUUGAGGCCCUGAUGGAGAAAGCGACAACGAGGAAUUUACUGCUGGCACUCGAAAACAACGAUGAUGAAGAUAUCGGUCUUGAUGAAGAAACCAUGCAAGGUUUGGAAGAGAUUGAAGUCACUACGUCAGAAAUCUGGCAGGCCUGUUCGCACUUCUCGGAACUCGUAGACGAAGCUAAUAAAAAGGUUGUUGAGGCGGUCGUGAAACAGCAUUCCAAGAGUAAGAAGCGAAAGGCGAAGAGGGGGGAACACCCCGCGGGUUCCUUCAGUGAGGAAGACGUCCUUAAGUUGGGGCCAUAUAUGGAGCGUGCUAAGAAGAUGAAAGAUCGUGCCAGGAAGUGGAUCGGCAAGAUGGCCGGUUUCCGCCUGCGAUCCCAGGUCAAGCGUAUGGUUCCUCAUUGUCAGCCGUUUGAGCUUCCCGGAAGUGAGCAGUCUGAGGGGUCGCCCAGCCGGCAGGAGACGCGUGAAGCGACACUUGAGAGGAUGAUGACGUGGUACUCAGAGACGGUCACGCAGCUCAGAGCACUCGUCCGUCAAGACGCUGCCAACGUCGAGAACCCAGAGCGCAGAGCGCAGAUGGAAGAGACUGGCCAUCAUGCUGCACGUUUAGUCGCAGUGUCGGCGAUCCGGAGCCUUGGACAGUCGCUCCUAACGCAGUGGAGGCAAGACAGUACGGCCUCUAACGCUGCUGCGAUCCAGGGGCUGAAUGACUUGUUGAAUGGCUUUUCCGAUGGCGUAGAUCUCUACAGGAACCUAUUCAUUUUUACGUAUGAGGUGUUUCUAGCGACCUUCCACAAAGAUGCGCCUUUCCGAACGAAUGCGCCAUUUCUGUCGCCAGAGGAGCAACGAGCUCAUCAACAGGCCAUCUUUCGAGCCGCCGUUUUUGAGAAAUCGUGA